GUACCAUUAAAUGCUGCACUGGUAUAGCUGGGUAUAGCGCAGUGCACAGAAUUUUCAGUGCAUUAAUUUGUAUGUAAAACAUAAUGUGAUAGAUAGCAAAUGUACUGGAGGUGUUUAAAUAAAAUUGCACGAUUGCCAGAGAACUUCGGAGAAAUUGAUUCCCUCAAUCGAGGGAUUUUAAACAGGACGUCCGGAAAAGGGAAACCGUCUACAGGUUAGAGACAUCUCGGAUAAAGAACGGUCAAGCGUAAAGUCCAAUGAAAGCGCGAUAAAAUAGGAAAGCAGGCCCGGUCUCGCAAACAAUAAAAUCAAACGGAAAAUGGAUAGUGCUAAAGUAGAUGACGAGAAUCAACGAAGUAUCAAUGACGGCGACUGGAUCUGCCCCGAUUCGCAAUGUGCUAAUGUAAACUUUGCAAGAAGAAAUUCUUGUAAUAGAUGUGGAAAAGACAGAGGAGAAUGUCCGAAGAAAAAGAAACUAGGACAAGAAAUUGGCAAAGCAGCUGCAGAGAAGAGCAGAGGAUUGUUCAGUGCUGACGAUUGGCAGUGCAGUAAAUGUGGAAACGUAAAUUGGGCCCGGCGGCAGCAGUGCAACAUGUGCAACGCACCGAAAUUCGGCGAAGUCGAGGAACGCACGGGAUAUGGAGGAGGCUACAAUGAUCGGGGAGUCGUCGAGUAUAAAGAGAGGAGAGACGACGAUGACGAGUACGAUGAAUUCGGGCGUCGUAGAAAGAAACGGAGGAUCGAGAAUCGCUCUGACGAUGAUUCCAAAGAUUCUAGGUAUAGCAGUCCACCCAGGAACAAGUCCAAAGACGAGGAUGAGAGGGGCGAAGUGGAAGAGGAAGAACAAGAACGAGAAGAGCAACACGACGAAGACGAAGAAGAGGAAGACGAUGAAGAGGGCGAUUUAUCGAAAUACGAUCUCAGCGAAUGGGACGAUUUCGCUGUUAAGAAAAAUACGAACGGCAGCACUGCAUCUUUGGAAGAGCAACAAUCAAGAGACAAAGACGACUGGCGCGAUUCAGGGACAUCCAGUCAAUGAGAAGCUGCGCAGAAGGUAAAAGAAAAUCCAGACUGAGCACGGUUGCUCUAAAAGAUGUAACGGAACGCAACAAAUUUAGUGAUUUAGCGAGCACCUUU